GUCUUUCCGCACCUCGUUGGCGUAGUUCUUCUUCCUCCUUUCCCACAUCAUAUGAGUACAGUACAUGAUAUUGCUUCGUCUUCUCUCAUCUUGUGCAGCGCCUCUUCCAGAAUACGAAACCCUAUAGUAUUGACUUGCCAUCUCUUCAACUGUUCCUCCUACUCAGCGCGGACAAGCAACCAAAUUAUUACUAACUCGGCCCCGCGACCAUGUCAACCAUGAACGCCGUCCGCUUCCACGGGCAACGCGACAUCCGUCUGGACAAAAUCCCCGUCCCGGACGUCAAACCAGGCCACGUCAAGAUCUCGCCCAAGUUCUGCGGCAUCUGCGGCUCCGACCUGCACGAGUACCUCGGCGGGGCCAACUUGAUCCCGCAAGAGAACCACCCGCACCCGAUCACGGGCGAGACACUACCCCUGACGCUGGGCCACGAGUUCUCGGGCAUCGUCGAGGAAGUCGGCGCGGGGGUCGAGCACGUCAAGCCCGGCGACCGCGUGUGCGUGCAGCCGACCAUCUACGACGGCGACUGUCGCGCAUGCAAGCGCGGAUUGGUCAACUGCUGCGAUCAGAACGGCUUCGUCGGCCUCAGCGGUUGGGGCGGCGGCCUGUGCGAACACAUGGUCGUCCCCGCGAGCUGCGUCAAACCCUUACCGGACAACAUCUCGCUGGAGGUCGGCGCGCUGAUCGAGCCGCUCGCCGUGGGCUGGCAUGCGGUCGACAUUUCGCCGUACAAGGACGGUGAUGCCGCGCUCGUCCUGGGCGGUGGGCCGAUCGGCCUGGCCGUCGUCCAGGCGCUGGCUGGCAAGGGGUGUCAAAGGAUCAUCGUGAGCGAGGUGAGUGGCCGGAGGAGGCAGUUCGCCAAACAGUUCGGCGCCCAUCAUGUGAUUGACCCGACGGCCGUCGAUGUCGUCGCGGAAGUCGAUCGAUUGACGGAUGGCGAGGGCGCGGAUGUCGGCUUCGACGCCGCCGGCGUGCAGCUUGCCGUGGACAGUGCGUUCAAGGCAAUCAAGGCUAGAGGGACGUUGGUCAAUAUUGCCGUGUGGGAGAAGAGGGCGGCGCUGCAGAUGAAUGAUGUCGUCUUCAGAGAAAGAGCGUAUAUGGGAGUCGCAACUUAUGCCCUGGGCGAUUUCGAGGCCGUCAUCAAUGCAAUUUCAACGGGGGCUAUGAAACCAGAAGGCAUGAUCACCAAGACCAUCAAGUUGGAUCAGGUGGCAGAAGAGGGAUUCAAGACUCUGAUCGAAGACAAGGAGAACCAUGUCAAGAUCCUUGUGGACGUGGGUGCUGGGAUAUGAUCCCAUCGUAGGCCCAAAGCGAAAAGAAUAGUGCGAUUGGUGCCUGCCAAACAGCAAACAAUGGUCUUAAUUAUGCAUGGGAUGCGCUUUUAUUUCUCUCUCUCUCUCUCACGCAGCGAACUGGACUGUGC